GCUUUUCUCAUUUAUUUCCUCACAUUUUAAAAUCAUAUUCAUUAUAAAAACACUCAGAAUCGUGUUUGAGUUCGUCUCUAUUGACUGCUUAGUGUGUAAGUGAAGUAUUGAUCUGAAGUGCGACAGAGAAUCGUUUCGGGAAGUCUGGAUAAACGUUCGAUGUUCGAUUCGACGAAAGGAAUUUACGUUAAAUUAAAUAAGUUAAAAACAAGAUGGCGGCGGCUCCUGCUUCCUGUAUGAGCGCGGAAAAUGGUUGCGUCAUGUUCGACUGCCUCGUUCAUCUAUGGGAAUGGAUUGAUCCUCCCGUUUCGCAAAAUCAAUUCCAAAUGGAUAAUAAGAAGAUUUUACCUUCAAUGCAGCAACCUCUCACCCAACAGCAUCUCAUGGCCCAUCAUGUCCAUCCAGACCAGAUAUAUUCACAACAACAGAUGUCGAAUCACGCUAAUUCCACACAACCCAUACAAAAUCAACCAAACGGCGUCAUACACCAACAUGUAGUUCAAAAUCAAUAUCAUGCUAAUAUGAAUGCUCGAUCUCCUCUUCUUGAGAACAGACACGAGUUAUACGGUAGCCAUAAUCAUGAAUACGCCAGACAUUAUGGUGCCAAUGAUAAUUAUAACUAUCAACAAUCACCAUCUACGGAACGAAGCGAUCAAAUACACGUUGACCAUAAUGUUAACUAUGAUAUUAUGCAAAAUAUACCUAAAGGAUACAACGCUGAAGUUUAUCAAGACUACCUAAAACGUAACCCACCGAAAGAUAAUCAAAUAUACCAAAAUCAUCAACCAAUGUAUAGGCCUAAUGUAAAUCAAUACGGUUCUAAACCUUAUCUACCAUACACGAAUAGAAUAGGACCUCAAAGUAACACAGAACUAUUAAGAAGACAGUACAAUGAAAUACAGCAGCUGAAGAUGCAACAGCAGCUACAUUACCAAAGCCAAGCACAGAUGCAUCAGCAACAAAAGUUUGCUGAAAGACAACUUUUACUUCAGCAAAUACAUGGGAUACAACCCCCGCCAAAUUUGCAAAAUAGUAUAUAUUCUGACUCUUCUUACGGAGACCUAAAUAAAUAUGGAAGCAGGAAUGACUUUAAAGAUUAUGGUGCAGAUAUACAUAAAGACAUAGAUGAGUAUGCGAAAAAUAAUGAAUAUCGAGAGAGAGAUAAUCAGAAUAAAGAACAAGACAGAGAAUGGCAGUAUAAUCAAGAAUACGGAAACAGAGAGACAGAAAGGUACAAAGGUCACAAUGAAAGAGAUCUAUCAAAAAGUCGCUCGCCUCCGUCUGAUUUUAACAAUCAAUUGAAGAAUAUUCCUCUGUCUCCAUUAAAAUCCAGUGAGUCGAGCUCGCCCAGCAUCAAAUCCCCUUCAUCUGAAAGUCGCAGGAGUAGCAGUGGCCAAGCCUUGAGAUCACCAACGGCGCAGAGAAUCCCUUCAGCACCAGUAACAAUAUCAGGAAUCUUGUAUAAGCAAGGAUCUGAUGGUCUUAAAGUUUGGCGGAAGAGGUGGUUCGUUCUUUCCGAGUACUGUCUCUUUUAUUAUAAAAGUCAAGACGAAGAAAAACUGCUGGGGUCCGUGUUGCUGCCGUCGUAUAAGGUAUCAGCGUGUACGAGCGAAGAUAAGGUGAUGAGGAAGUUUGCUUUUAAAUUAGAACACGCUAAUAUGCGGACGUACGUGUUAGCGGCUUUGGAUCAAGACUCCAUGUUGAAGUGGGUUAAGGCGCUUACAAUGGCGGCGUUGAUGCAGAACUUUAGUGACCAAAUGCAGAGACAGAAUGACCGGGACACCGUUAAAGCUGAGGAUGAUGAUGAAGUACCCGGACCUACAUAUGCAAACGCACCACCGAAGCCUCGUCGUUCAAAUGAUGGAUAUAAUUCACCCGGAUCUGACAUAUAUGACCCAAACUAUGAUCUCUUAAGAACACCGGCAUCACAAUAUAACAUGAGUACAGCUCCAACACAAUAUCAAGCAAGCUACAAGACUAGUCCACCGAAUCAACAAUCUACUCAGCCACAACACACUGUCUAUCAAACAAAACAUCACAAUGAGAACACAAAUAAUCCAGCAAUAUCAAAAAAUAUGGAUAGGUCGGACAUAAACCUUGAUGCAAUAUCACCCUACAACGCUCAAUCUUCAUAUGAUACAAGAUCUCUAAGUCAACACAAGCAACAAGAACAGUAUAUUUACAACCAACAACGCAAUUUACAAACUAAUCCAUUCUUGCAACACUAUCCUUCACAAGAUACCAGAUUAGCAGCAAAUAGCAUUCCCAGCAACCAAAUCGAAGAUAAUAAGACUAAAUCCAAUGCGUCCCAAAAUGAUAUUUAUUUAGAAUCUAAAAAUAAAAGCAACACUUACGUUGAGCAAAAAGCAAAUCCUGAUGUUUACGGAGAACUAAGCACAUUGAAAUCACGUGCUUCUAAUAGUACUGUAAAUGAUAGAGUACCAGAGACGAGAACACCAGAUGCUUACAGCCGAGCUGCAUUGAAUCAUUAUAAGAAAGGAAAAAAUGGAGAUUAUGAAGAUGUUUAUUCUCCGUACGCGAAUGAGAAUGAAUUACCGAAACUACAAGCCGCAAAAUCACCAAAUAUCUCACAGCGUGAUAAUAUUAGUAUAUCAAGUCAUGCUACGUCUCAAAAAAAUUAUCAACAGCCCCAGGAAAAAGUUUUUAGUGGACCAUCAGUUCUACGUAGAAAAAAAAUGCAAGCUAGUGGUGUACAACAACAAAUGCCCAGGCCCCACAGCGCAGACUUUUUAGAGUACGAGUCGAAAAAUGAAUUAUUAAAUAAAUCUCUUCCUGCUCGAAACGUCGGCGAGGGUGCAAGCCAUCAACAACGACCGAAAUCUAGUCUUGAUAUUAACUCCUUUUAUGAUCCAAGUUCAGAAACAUAUUACUCGGAAGAGGGAUAUGCAGAGAAGAUGCGUCAGUCUGCGCAGUACUUGCAACAGCAAGGAUUAGCACCGCGAAAUAUACAGAUACCAUUAGCUAAGUAUGCCAGUGGUUUGGCCGAGAAACAAUUGUCAUCGCCGUAUACCCAAAUUUCCGAAAAUAAUAAUUAUGAAACUGAAUUUAGUGGAAGACAUAAUCGAGACAAUGUCAGCUAUACUUCGAAGUACAGUGAUAUUGAAGUUGCGAACUCUAACUGGAUGUUAAAAGAAAAAGGUGGCGAACACCAAAAGGAUUAUUUAAACCGUAGUGGAAGUGUCAUGAGUGAUGGAUCUAAUGCGAGCUUCAUGAAAGAUGCUAAACUUGAACUUAAUAACGAUGGCUUCAUGAGAUCAGCUAGUGCUAGACUUCCUUCAACUAUGGAACGUGAUGGCGAAAAGAAAGUGCAACAGCGAGAAGAGUCGAUGAAACGCUUACAGGAAUGGAAGCAACGAAUGCUACAGUCACCUCUCACGCGUAAAAGUACGCCAGCAACCAUAUCACUGGCAAGGUCUUUGAAUCAAAGUCGUCAAUCAUUGAGAUCAGAUCAAUAUAAACCAAAAACUCAUUCUAAUGCUCCAUAUAACAGCUAUUCUUCUGAUGACGAAGCAUCUAUGACGAUAUCAGCUAACGAAACAAAUAAAAACAACAAUCAAGUAAAUCAACAAAUAUUAUCGAAGAAAUCAUGCCUUGGUAGCAACACUUCAAUUGGCCGAAAUAAUAGAGACGGGAACAUACCGGUCAGAGCAGUUAGUCCCCGAGUAAGAUGGGUGGAAGAAUCGGGUGACCAGUACAACUUGCAACAGAUGUCGACAUCACAGCAAAAUUUGAACGCAUUGUCACCUACAGAAGAUUCGUGGACUGUAUCUAGAUCUCCAUCUAGAGCAUCUCAACAACCCAUAAGUGCUGUAAGCCCAAGAGUAAGGAGAAACACAGAUACAAGCGAUUUGCAAAAGGAAAUGCAAGCGCGUGAGUUAUUGGAAGUGCCGACGGCAGGGGAACUCUUGGGUAGGAGUCAUGAGGAGUUGGUUCUUCUAUUGAUACAGUUAAGACGACGUCAUGCGGCGACGCAUCGCUCCAUUGAACAGUGCUGUAUUCAGAUCAGUAGCAUAGAGGAAUGCCUCAGUUCCUUAAAAGCCAUUGAACGCGAAGAAAGCUUACGAAGACUAGAACAAUUAAAGAUGCAACUGAUGGAUUUGGAACAACAGUACGCUAAGAGUAAACCAUUGGUGCAUUUAGUUGACAACAUGGUCAAACUGGGUUCCCUUUACAAUAGACCUGGAUCGACGAUUGAGAGACUUGAACGCAAUCAGAGACUACGGCAUAAAGUUCUUGCGGAGCAUGCUUUAGAACAACAGCGUUGGUUGGAAAGUGCCGCAGCUGGGAAACCAUUAGAGACAGAGGCCGCUAGAGUAAGAGUGGCUGAAUUGUGGGCUUUAGAACAGGAACUUGCCGAUGAAGCGUCCAUUCUACAAGGACUGAAAACUGACAAGGAUGCUAUCGAUAAUUUACUAACAGGUGUGCGACAGAAAGUGAACGGAAUGAAGUUAGAUGAGUUUCCUGGCACGGGCGGAGGGUUAGAAGCUGAACUGGCACGCGUCCAUGCGAUGUUGGCGCACAAUUCUAAGGUUUAUAAGAAAUUGGAACACACAGUUGCUGAGAAUGCAAGAUUGGAGCGUGAACUGCAGCAGUUGCGGCGUGCCUUGCGAGCCAGACGGGCGUCCGCGCCGCAUCAAAACCACCCGGCCCAUCCCCCGCACCAAUCACAUCCCACCGCAAUGCUGGAAGAUGAGGUGACACGUGUUCAGCAGCUAGUUUCAGCGCUACAGCGUCAACGACAAGAGCUAAGUAGAGCGGUGAGAACUCUGACGCAGCAAUCUCAAGCCUUGCAGACGACACACGACUCUAUGCCUGGAAAUCGUCAACAACAAGGGGUCACCACAAAUUGGCAAGAAACAAACUUGGACACAGGGCAUACGAAGGACCACGGCCACCAUUAUGACUAUGAUAGCCAGAUUCUGCGUCCAGGGCAUUAUGGCCAGAAUGUCGAGCCUUUGUACGUCGACACAAGAAGUCCCAAUGACGUCACAUCGCCAAUGAGCAGCCAGGAUAUGCAACACUCCGCGUUCAGUAACUUAUCAAACGUCGAGAAACAAGAAAUAAAAACAGUGCGAAUUGUCAAGCGAGAGAGCGAACGCCGACAGAGAGAUAGAGAGAGAUCUCUCCAACCCAUGUCCGACUGGUCUGGCAACAACAUAACCAAUAUUGACCAGUUUCUCGAAGAAGAACUAGUACAACCACUGCAUAAUUAUCGAGCAGCGUCCGUACCGCGCACAGAUUAUACCAAAUUCGAAGAAUAUUCCGCGAAGCAAAAUAUAGAAGCACCGUACUUACGCUUCGAAAGAAACAUGGAAUUGAGUCCCAAAUAUCCUUCAAGUCCAUCUCUAUCUAACUACGACUUCUCUCGUGACUUAUCUCUCAGCAGCAGUUACCAAAAGAGUUACGAUCGGUCGCCAUACGACAAAAUGUCUACGUCGACGCAGUACUUAAACAGUCCCACGGAUAGUUCUAGAACAUUGACUAAUGAUCCGAUUUCUAAAACCAGCAGCGUAAUGAGUCUCACGAGAUCCAAUUUCGAACUUUCACCGAUAUUUAAGAGCGAGGCAGCUAAACAAAUUAUUACGGAAAUGUCUGAUACGCAAAAUAAUGGGUCUCUUCAUCGGCGACAAGUGCCCAAAGAAAAGAGAAGGCAUAAUACUGCGCCCCAUCAUUUAAGCGCAAAAACAUUGAAUGAAUUGCCUAGAGAAGGAUACAAACAUGAUCAGGCUAUGGCCCGUUCUGUGGACGAUGCGGAUAUGGAGCGAGCUCUACGUGGUGCAGCCCCAGACGUGGUACGCUCUGCGUUACCUUCCAAAAAGAUGACAGAUUCCAUCGACCAGCUCCUAGCUGCACCGCAGAAAAUUCUUAUACCUGAACGGUAUAUACCUGAAAAGCCUCCAGAACUUUCGCCAGAGGAACAGCAAAAGAGACAAGAGAAAGUUGAAUCAAUUAAGAAAAUGCUUACGAGCACUUCAGCGGAUCCUAACAAGAGCCCGGACGGACCAGAGAAACGUCAAAGGGAACACUUACUUCAGAUGAACCAAAUACUCGCCAAGCAGGUCACGGAGAUGAGCAAAAUUAUCGCCGUGAAAGCAUUAGAAGAUCUACCGACUCAUGAGGUUGCUGAGGACUCCGACCGAUCACCAGAUGUUGAGCUACCGAUAUAUCAACAGAGAGAAAACUUCUUUACCUAGUACCAUAGAUAAUAUAAGACAUUACUUUUAUGUGUUACAGAUAAUUUAUUUUAUGCCACAUUUACAUUUGUGGCGCCACAUUUGAAUCGCGAUACAUAGUACACCAGGAGCCCUAUUACCAAAAUUGAAAUACCAAGUUUCUGUUGACGGUUCGUACAUUUUCCUAUAACGAAAGUGUUUCAGACCCGAAGAUCGACACAAAGUUCGCGAUUAGACAUUCUGUCUUUCGUUUACCUUAUUCCCAAAUUCACUUGACAUUAACUUAUUCUUUGUAUAACAUUAACAAGAUCAUAACUACAACUUCACUUUUCAUGGUUAUGUCUAUGGUUCCGAAAAGUCCAUCAUUAUAGGAUUUAAUUCGAAGUUCGUUUCGUUUCGGACCGAAACUUCGUCUUUCGAUUUUGGUAAUAGACCUCCAGAGCCGUUAUUUAUUUGAUCGAUAUGUUGGAGUACGUCUGAAUGCAAACACGUGGGUACACGUAUAUUUCUAUCGCGUCACAUUUAAGGCUGGGGACCGAGCCGAUCGCUAUAGUUUCAAUUCAGAAUUAGAAGCAUUUUUAAUUUAUUACAAACAUGAUAUUUUUUUUACAAAAGUAUGUCAUUUUAAAUAGUAUUGGUGUACAAUUAAUAAAUUUGCGUGUUAUUUUUAUCUAGAUUGAAUGACUAGGCUCCAACAGUAAAAGUAAGGGGUAUUUUGGUGAUUUAAAUUCAAACUGUCUAUAAAAUAAAAAAAGGUUUAAAAAAUGAAUUUUCUUCUAAUAUUCUGUAGAUAUAUAAUUACUUUUUGUAAAAAUAUAAGCUUUAUGUAAACCGUAAAAGUAAUGUUUUCAAUUAUGCCAUAUUUAGGCGAAUUCUUGGGAUAGCGGCCUUAAUGCAGGAGCAUUAUGUAAUAUGACGCGAUAGAAAUGUUGUGCCAAAAUUAACGCGCCAUAAAUGUAUGUCUGAUACACGGCCCACUUGUAAGCUUUUCUCGUUUUGACGAUUUUAUACUAAUUCAGAGCACAAGCCAAGUAAUUUUUAUACUAUACUAGCUGAACCGACAGAUGUUGUUCUGUAUAUAAUAAAUAAAAUAAUGUUUUUUAUGAAUUUGUCAAUAAUAUAUCAUAACAUCAAGAAUUACUUCGUCAAAUAUUCACCCUGCUGUCGUAAUGAAAUUGUUUCACAGCAGAACUGUCAAACCGUGCGUCAAUAAAUUCUCUCAUAGAAAUUAUGUAUGGACACAUCAAAGGAAAAACAAAUUUGUUGUUUUUAUUUAAUUCCGAGCAUUUUCCUAUUUAUUCACCUUUUAAACCUUCUCUGGACUUCCACAAAAAAUUAUUCAAGACCAAAAUUUUCCAAAUCGGUCCAACCGUUCUCGAGUUUUAGCGAGACUAAGGAACAGCAAUUCAUUUUUAUAUAUAUAGAUUGUUUUAUACAGUAAAAGCUCUUGACGCUCGUCCCGGUUAUAUGUUCCGCGAAUACGCCGCGAAUGCAGGAACUGUGGAUAUGGAAUGGUAAUUUAUAUGGGAUUACUAACUGACUGCUGACCCGACAUACGUUGUUCUGUUCAUAAUAAAUAAAAAACUUUUUUUUUUUUUUUAUGAAUCUGUCAAUAAUAUUUCAUAGCAUCAAGAAUUAUUUCGUAAAAUAUGCUACCUGACAGCAGAACUGUCAAACCGUGCGUCAGUUAAUUCUCUCAUAGAAAUUGCGUCCUGCGUUCAAUGACAUCGCUUAGGAACUUUGCUGUGGCAUAUUUGUGCUAUAUAUAUAUAUAUAUAUAUAUCGUGACAGUGUACUUACGAGAUGAAAAAAGAAAGCAAAGAAUUAAUUAAAUUAUUUAUCAUCAUAAAUACCUAAAAUACUUUAAAAUCAAAAUAUAAAUAAUUGUACUUAUUCAAACUUUACAUUUAAUGUUAAGUAAUAAUAAUAAAUACGCCCGAAAAUUGCCAUAACUUAUGUGAUUUAAACUUUCUCAACCAAAUUUGGCACGGCUAUAAUAUAUAAAGCAAAUGGCGUACCUCCUUAUCAAAUUUUGCAAAAACUGCUUGCGAUAAAUGAACGCAAACUGUUUUUGCUACUUUAUCGCCUCCAUGGAAGCCUUCCCAAUAUCAUUUGAAUUCAGGCUUCAAGAACACAGAAAAACAAAGAUAGUAACUAAGGUCCCGAAAAAAAGUACUACUCCGAUUGUCUCGCAAGAGGAAAUAGUAGGUAUUUAAACUACAUUUCCUUGGCAAAUGCCAUCGUAUUAGAUUCAGGAUUAGUCUCCGCUGCGCUCCAACUAGAUACCGCAGGCGUAGUCGCAAACAAUACUACACCCAAGUGGGCAUACUCGGGCCAGUCCCGAACAAUGUGUGGCGUUGGCGUGCCACAUGUUCUGUUAAACUUUGCUAAUAAUUGAAACUAAAAAAUCAUUGUAAAAAUAUAUACUACAAGAAAAAUAACUUAUAAAAUUUCAAACAAGCAUCUUUUCAAAUAGCUAAUACACACUAAAAUAUUAAGUUGCCGUAAUAAAAAAGCUAUAUUGUUCCUAGGUAGUACGGUAUCUAGUUGGAGCGCAAUGGAGACCAAUACUUAAUCUAAGGCAUUAAUCACUGACCUGUAUAAAUACCACUGGACAGGCUGUUCCAUAUGUUUGACAGCAAAUUUUUGUGCAUAUUUAGAGCGCCACUCGCGAGCGUCCAGAUAACUAAUUUUGACGUAUAAUACAAAUGGCUGCGAAGGAACGUACAAUACUCAGAAGUAUUUUUGCAUUUUGAGUUAUUUAUACUUCAAAAAUCAACGUUAUAAAGUACGCAUUUUUUUUUUUGUAAAUAUUUUCCCACCAUAUAUCGAUGUUUGCUGAGGUUGUCAUCACUAGUUUUAGCACCGCAGACUCUCGCUACAUGGCCAACAGCACCGAAAUGGCGAAUAUCAAACAGGCAAAAAAGCACUGAUAGCCGCCAGUCCAGUGGUGGUAUACUAUAUACAGGUCAGUGAAAGAAAAAUACAUUUUUGACAUUUUAUAUUCCGUAAAAGUACCUUGGACAGGACAACUGUGGUUAUGAUUUUAUUUCGUUAACCUACUAGCCCUCUAUUUAUGUAAAUAACCUUUACAUAAAAUGCCUAUAAAUGUAACCAACACUUAGCUGAUAUAAUCCUUUAGUUUUAAUUUAAAUUAAUUAGUUAAUGGUUUUAUUUAUUGAUAUUUAAGUUGAACUUGUACAAAACACAUUUGAUAACGGGCCUAUUUAAUAAAUUAUAUUAUCAUUGUUGUACAUAUCAAGUGAUUGCCAUAUCUGCUUAUUAGGAAAUAUAGGAAUUGAGUCUUAGAAUUGCUCAGAUUUAGUACAUUCCUGUUGCAAAAUGCCUAUUAUUGUUGUUAAAUUAAGAACUUAACAUAAAUUUAAGUACAUGUAUGUAUUAUGUUGUAACUACUUGUAUCUACACCCAUGCUUUAAAUCCUCUAUUAAAGAUUCUAAAACAGUUAGCUUAUUGCCAAAAUUAAAACACCCAAUGUCCUAAUAACCAUUACAUCAUCCAAACGAAUGUUGUAAUAAAAUUCAGUACAACAUUACAACACUCGUUUGGAUGAUGUAAUGGGUACUAGGACUGGCUUUUUUAAUGUUAGCAGUGAGCUAACUGUUUCAGAAUCUUUUAUAGAGGAUUCAUAUUAUGGGUGUAGAUAAAGUCUUGUAUGCAACUGUUGAUAAUUAGGUAUUAAAACACGAAUGUGGGUUUAUUUAUUUAUAGGUUAUAAUAGUAUCACAUGAAUGACCCUUAUUACACAACGGUUGCAUAAAUAACUAUUAAUAUAUACGUUGGUCAGCAGAAAACCAAAUGUAAGUGUUUAAGAUGCCAUACUUAUGCUAUAUGUAAAACAAUGGGUAAAUAUUAGUAAUAUUAAAUACAUAGAAGCAAUUCAUAAAAGUGAAUUAAAGCUUAUCUUAAAAUAAAUCUGAAAUAUUCUCUUUGAACAGCGACCCAAAUUAGGAGAAAUAAAUUAAUCCAGUAUCUUUCAAUUCGAAAUAGAUAAUAAUAUCUAUGUGAAAUGGUCUUUUUUUAUUUGGUGAAAGGUGUAAAAAUGUCAACAUCUCUAAGCCUAAUCGGAUUUUAGAAUAGUUACCUAAUCUUCAAGAAGAGAUAUUUUAUUUCUUAAUUACGAUAUUGUAAUUACCAUAUCUUUGGCCGAGAACAAUCUCGGCUUUAACUCUUGCCUUAGUAACAACAGAAGUUAGAAACAAAUUUUAAGAACAGAAUCGUACACCACAUCGAAGUAUACCUAUCAUCAAGUUUUGGGUUUUACCUUUAAAAAAAUAGGUAAAAAAAUUGGAUACGACGUAAAAGCUUUCUAGAAAUAUAAAAUUAUUAUUAUUCAUGUAAGUACUGCGGAGAGGGGUCACUAACUACUGUGAUGUCACUCCACUCAUAGCGGCGCGCGUUAUGACAUCACGCGGGCAUUAAUGUAACUAAAAACUACUCGUUUGAUGUUAUUGAAAUAAAAACUGAUUCAAAUAAUUUGACGGGCUAAUCUACUUUAAACGCCACAAAAUUAAGUGUCAUUUGUUUAUUUAUUUAUUUACAAGUAGGUACAAUAACAGAUAACAAGAUAUAACUAUCAUCUAAUAACAAUUACAGAAUAUUUUUAUGAUCCUGAGAUCCAAUUAAAAUUGUACAAAUCAUUCACCAAAUACAGUAAAAAAUAAUAAGUGGACACAACAGAAAUGACAUUAUGACGAAAUUGUAGUUAAUCAUUAAAUGAUUUUACGUAAACUAGCAAGUUCUAUAAAGAGUAUUUUUUAACAAGUUUAUAUUUGUAAAGAUAAUAUCAAAAUCAGCACACACUUCAUUAAAUUCUCUGCAAAUUCUCAUAAUCGGGUCAUGAAGUCAUAUAUCAACCAAAACUUCAAGUGACGCGUUGAUGAUUAUUGAUCAGUGACGUCACAUUUUUCAGUUAAUAUGGCCGAUUGUCGUAUUUAUUAUUUUAUCUUAUUGAAUAUCUUCUUUAUCUCAAUACUUAUAUCAAAACCCACAGACUAGUAUAAAAAUAAGGACUCCGUGUCACCUUACAUAAAAGUGUAGCACCAAAACAAGCCUAUUAACGUGUAAAUACAUAGCCCCACGCACACACUUACACUACUCCUGGCCGAUAGGCGACCAUUAUGAGAAUUGUCAUCGUCUAUGACAGAUCAGUUUGCGUCUCAAUAAAAUAUUUUAAAAAUGCUGUCGUGCGUUGUGAAAACGUGUAAAAACGAUACUAUGUAAGUAUUUGUGGCCAUAUAUCAUAUAAGGGAGAAAGAAUUGUGUAUCUAGUAUCCCCCGUAACCGCACACACACUAGCAUAACUGUGCUUCACUUGCUAAUAUCACGGCGCGGAGUCCUUCUUUUUUUACUCGUCCGUGAUCAAAACCUCUGCAAUCCUUUCACGAUAUUUUUUUUUAAACCAACCAUAUUCUUUGAUUCUUUACUAUCAUCACGCCCACUGUUGUGUGUAGUCGACUAGUCCUUGCAUCAUCUUCCUGAAUUGUACCAUCGAUAGUACCAUUUACGAGUACAUUGCAAUGAAUUCUUCAUCCUGAAUCUACAGAUGGGGUGUACUAUAUUACUGUAACUAUACGGAUACUUACGGCCGUCUCUCUUUUACUUGAGAUAAAAAUAUUAACUAUCGUUGACUUUUCUGUCCCAAUAAACUUAUCGACGGUAACUCACGUUAUCCGUGCACGCUGUCUGUCAAUGGGACGACGUAUAGCUUACCAGCGAUAUAAAGUUUGCAUGGAAAUUGCAAUUUGCGCGUCCCAAUAUAUAAGGCGAUAAGAAUGACUUAUCGGGUAUAUUGCGACAGCUUCAGAUUAUUGACAGCUAAUUACUGACAGUAGAAGGUAGUAAUUUAUCUCUAUCUGUAGCUGAUAGUAUAUUGGGAACGGCCGAUUAAGAAACAAUGUAUUAUAAGCCAAUAGUAUUUUCACCUUUAUUGGAAUUCUUAACGUAGUUUUAAAACAAAAAACGUUUACAUUAUAUUAAAUAUGCUAUAACAUACUCGAAAUAAUUAUAUCGGUUGUUAUAAAAUAAUGCUUAAUUUAAUGACAUGGCUCGACAAUACUCACUGUUCCAUUGUAUACAUACUCAAUGUACCCACAAUGUCCAAUAGACAUUUUGUUCACAUGUAAGCCCCAAGUCUCAUUUACACAGUGCUCGACAUCACCGCCGGCGCACUCCGUAGGGCGGGGCCCUGUCAAGCCGCGCCCUACGAGCACAAAUCUGCAGUAUGAGACGGGCUAUCACGAAUCGACUCCACUCACCCUGGUGAAUUACCACCGAAUGGUCUGAAACAACGUUGGUACCCAUACCGAUGAACCGUGAUUAAAGCCGUGUUAUUAAAUUAAAAAAAAAUUUAAAGUUAUAAUGUCUCACGAAAGUUUAAUAAUGUAAAUUAAUGCUUUUACAAGUACCUAUUCUGCUUUUGUAACCAACGAAUUAGAAUUCUUGUGAUAUACUUACUUACUAAUAGUAUUGUAUUAACUUAUAUGAACUUAUAUAACUGAUAAAUUAUUACCUUUGUACACAUAUUUAAAGAUCAGCUGACCACACGCCCUCUAUAAGCCUCCAGCGUGCAGGACUAAACCUUAGGCGUUGAAGUCUGUUUGAUAAAGGGUGUUUCUUUCGCUCGUUCAUUGACGUGUUCAUAGGCCUUUUGUGCUGUAUCGGAAAUAAAUAGAAAAUAAUUAUUUUACUUCUUAUUGUAUGUAUAUAUAAAUCAUCGCCUAAAACUAAUACGUUCCAUUAAAACGAUUCACAAAUAUUUGGAUAACAAUUUUCGAAUGGUGCUGAUUAACUUUAAUGUACUUUGUAAGAACAAUUCAUACAAAUUUAAUAUGAAAAUUGAUGAUUAGUUCUUUACACUAGCCGCCUACUCUCUGCACUAGAGUAGUAUUAUCGAUUCGCGCGCUCGCUUGCACAUUGCUGCAACGCUCAUGAAAUUACCUAAAAACUGACAACACGAUUGAACAAACGAUUUUCUAUAACAUUCAUAUUGGCUUAGGCAUUACUGAAGCGUGAAUUUUAUAAAUCUUUAUAUACACAUACUGAAAGAAGAUUAAUAUUUUCUGUUUAUGGUCGAUAUGAUUAAAAAUUUAUCUAUUAGUAUUAGGAGGCCAAUCGUAAGAGCCUAUACAGUAAAGCUUUAAACCUCUUAUGACUUAACCCUCGUUGUAGUCGAUUGUUAAUAUAACUUACCUAUAUAAUCUAUAUUAUAUAUAAAUAUAUGUACUAACAAUACUGUAUACUGUGUAAAUUGAUCUAUAUUCCUUACUGAUAUUAUGUUAGAAGUACUUAUAAAAUAAAUGCGUUGUUAAGUUUUCAAAAAUUAUUUUUCAAUCUAUUUGUACAUUUUUGUUUAUAGAAUGUAUUUUCAUUUGUUAAGAUUAUAGUGUUUUUGGUCUGCACAUUGUCCCUUUAAUCGUGUUUAUAUGUUUACAUGGGGUCGACGCGAUGGAAUUUUAUAAUAAUAAUAAAAAUGUGCGGCCUAGAAAUUUGUGUUUUAAAAAUAAUGGGGAUUAUGAAUAUGAGGGCAUAUCCUCUAAAGAUUGCCCUGAAAUAUCUUAAACUGUAUUUCAUGACAAAGAGUUAUUUACCUGUCGUCAUUAAUUGCAAAUAAGCUUAGAUAAUUUAUGCGUAAAUAGAGCCUCUUGCUGUUAGACAAUCGAUGAAAACAAGCCAGGUUUAUUACUUUAGUGUGUGUGACAAGCUUACGUCUUACACUCGCGAUUUGUAUGCCAGUUUGUGAUAGUGUGCGUGUAUUGCUUAAAAUAGAGGAUAACUGUUACUCUCAAUUUUUUUUCACACUCUCACAUUUUAUCUAGACCCAUAAAUGAUUAAAGCAAAUAAGUACACAAAUCGAAAAGGCGCGGGAAACUUCGAUUUAUUGUGAAUUGAAGAAAACUCUAAACUGGCAAAUAUAUGCAACGUACGAGCCAAGAACUUCUAAAUAGGAGUGAAAAUAAAAACUAUUACAAAUUGACUUUUUUGAUUUUCCUGACCAAAAACACUCUAAUAUCACCGUGUUUAUUGUAUUUUGUAGUUACUUAGUCUGUGUUUUAGUAGUAUUGAUUGUAUAUUUUGUGUUAUUUAUUUAUCUGUGUCAAUUCAAUACUUAUUGUACCUAUAAUCAGAAUAAAUAUUGUUUUACAAUGUAUAUGGGGUAUUAAAUGAUGAUAUUAUGUA